AGGGCUGCUGUGAGAAUGUUGGGAGCAGACAGCAGAAAGUCAUUCAGGAGUGAAGAGACGCUGGAUGCGCAUCAAGCCUCGGGUUUUGCCGUGUGUUAUUAAUAGACAGAGGCGUGUUAUUCAUUGACACAAGUGGAAAGCGCGUUUUGCAUGCGGUGUGAUCGCUCGUGAAGGACCGAAGGAGUAAAGUUUUGGGAAGCGCGCAGGUCUUUUGGAGUUGCGUAGUACAUCCAACACAGACAGCGGUCGGCACGGACAGAGAGACUCCGUCUUCAUUGCCGAGAGGGUUGUGUCCACAUCAUCCAUUUCAGGACAUGAACUGUUUCUCCAGUGUCCCACACUGGCCAAUCAAGUGGUUUCAUGGAGUCAAUCUAGUGAAGACGAAUGCUGACCAGACGCUCUUGAGAAUGUGUGAGCCCAGUCCACCUGCUGUGCCUCCCCAUGCCAAGGGCCAUGUGACCAUGGUGGGUGUCGGUAUCAAGCUCGAAGAUGAUGAAUUUGUUGGCCGAGGUGUCAACAGGGAAUCCCAGCAGUCCUCUCCGGCCUGCGAUUGGUCAGUUCGAGGGCCCGCUGAAAGAGACGACCCCGAGAAGUCAGGUCCUCCGAACUGCCAGUCUCCUUUGGAGAGAGUUCCCAGUAAAGAACGUCCACGAUCACACACACCUGCCGGCCAGGAUGGAGGUCACAGAGCUUAUGACAAAAGUGACGGCAAACCCAGCGUCAAUGAGGUGAUGCCCACAAUUGAAAAGCUGUUGAGUACAGACUGGAAGGAGAAGUUCCUGGGGAAAGGUCUUCAGAGCAACGUCAAUCUGAAAGGAACACCCGAGAGCUUGGCGGAGAAGGAGCUUCAGUUGUUGCUGAUGAUAAACCAGCUGUCGGGUCUACGCGAGCAGCUCCUCGGUGCUCAUUCAGAACAGAGGAACAUGGCCGCUCUUCUUCUGGAGAAACAACAGCAGCAGAUGGAACUGGCCAGACAACAGCAGGAACAGAUCGCCAAACAACAGCAGCAGCUCAUACAACAGCAACAUAAAAUCAACCUACUGCAGCAACAAAUUCAGCAGGUAAAUAUGCCGUAUGUGAUGAUCCCCGCCUUUCAUCACAACGCCCAGCCGAUGCCCGUCAACUCUGAACCACAGAUGGGUUUACCGCUGCAGCCAAUCCCCUGCAAGCCAGUGGAAUAUCCCAUGCCGUUGCUCCCUAAUCCCCAUUCAACCCCCAUCAAAAGAUCCAGUGGUGCAGUUUAUCGCCAGGACACCAGCCAACCCCUCAACCUCACGGCUAAACCCAAGACCCCAAGUCCCCAAGCGCUGGAAAUGGCCACGGCCCACCUGCAGACGAGUUACCGGCCCAGAGAUUUAACCCACAGCCCUCCACGAUCUGCCCUUAGCCUGAGCUUCUUAGGAGAGGGCGACGUUGUGACCCAAGCCAUCCAUGAUGCCCAGCAGCUGUUGCGUGGAGGACAAGGCCCGACGGGCCGAGAGAGAGAGCGCGAGAGGGAAAAAAAUGCCAGGCUGGAGGCAACUCGAGAUCGAACAGAUGAUGGACAGACCAUGAGGAUGAAUGAAGAUCACAGUGACUCUGAAGGGCAGAUGGCCAUUUCUGGUGUGGCGAGCUUCGGCGACAGCCGCACACCCUCCUCCGGUCACAUCAAGCGGCCCAUGAACGCCUUCAUGGUUUGGGCCAAAGACGAAAGGAGACGCAUCUUACAGGCCUUCCCCGACAUGCACAACUCCAGUAUCAGCAAGAUUCUCGGUUCCCGCUGGAAGUCCAUGUCCAAUCAGGAGAAGCAGCCGUACUAUGAAGAGCAGGCCCGACUCAGUCGCCAGCAUCUGGAGCGAUACCCCGAUUACAAAUACAAACCUCGCCCGAAACGUACCUGUAUCGUUGAGGGCAGGCGGCUGCGGGUGGGAGAAUACAAAGCCAUGAUGAAGACCCGACGACAGGAGCGCGUGCCGUAUCCUCAGAGCCAAUCGGAACAGCAGCUACCCUACGCCACGGGUGAAGGACAGUACCCGACCACGCCCGUAUCCAUGGCGACCUUACCCUUGCAUCCCGCCCUGCUAGAGCAUUACCUACCUCGCGCUCUGGAGCCUAACCAGGGCCGAGGCAGCGAACCGCUGGAGGCUGCGAGACCUCGACAACCCUACAGCGAAGGGGAGGAGAGCGACAUUGGGGAACGCAGUGAGGGGGAGCUGGUGGUCCUCACUGACUGAGAUAGAUAGAGUAAAUAUAAUGAAAUAAUAAAUAGAGAGAGGUGGAGUUGUGGAGAGAUUUUGGUAUCCCUACAAGCAAAAUGGUUUACUGUAGGUCAGAGUUUGCCCAUUCAGUCGUGAGGACAGUUUAUUUACACAAACAGCAGAUCUGAGGACAGUAAACUGAUGUUAGAACAUGGAUUUGGAUUUGUAUUGUUGUUAUUUAAGUGGUUUAGGUUGGGCAUCCAGGAUUAGGAGAUGCUAACCACCACCUGCAAUAACUAUAAAACUUUGAUUUUACCAUGCAAGGUCACCGACACAAAUCACAUCUGCACACAUCAGGUGUCGCACUGAAAUAAUCAAGCUGUAGCUGGAGAGGGUACUCUGUAUUGACACAUUUACAAUCGAUUGAUUGCAAUAAUCAUAUUACAUAGUACACCAAAAAUGAUGCCAUUAUUAACUCGCCGUCUUGUCAUUUCAAACCUGCAUGAUCAAUUCAUGUCAUUUGCAUAGCUUUGAAGAUUUUAGACUUUUCCCAUUUUUAAAUAGACGGUAGCAUCAAGUGCAUUGAUCUGCCUUAAAGAGAUUUCACAGAUGUGAUCACAUUAAACUGGGUUCCUUUCCAAAUAUUAUUUUUUCUCGUUUGGGUUACAUAAAAAACAAGCAUACAGGUUUGAAAGAACAUAAGGGUGAUAAAAUGGUGAUGAUUUCAUUUUUGGGUGAAAUACCCAAUGAGACACAUUAGCCAUAUUAAAACGAAGUCUGCUCAGCAGCAUCAGUGUGAUUUACACCUUGAUGUCUUUACGGCACUUGAUUUUCCCAGGGGUUUCCUGCAUAAAUUCAUGUUAAGAUUGUGCCAAGGUACUUUCCAGAGCAAAAAAGAGAAAAAACAAACAUACCAGUAGGCUUGGAAAAGUAAGAGCAUUUCUGAAUUUUUUAUUUCUUAUGUUCUGUUUGAGAUUUAAGCAACCUGUCCCUUUAAGACUUUACUGUUAUCAGCGAGUCUGUUGUUUUAUGUUGUUGGCGCACUCUGCUGGUAAAAUUCGAGUACUGCACUUAAACAUAUUAAUUCAUUUUAAUUAGGUGCACAAAGAAAAACUUGAAUGCACUUUUUAAUCAUCUGAUAUAUUUUUUUCAUCCCCAUAUUACUCAAGAUCAAUAGAUCUUUUUUAUUUUUUAAGUAGAAGUUUGCACUUGAUGUACAUAUGCAAAUAAUUUCUACCACUUUGUGAAAGGAGAUGUGAAUAAUUCUCUUUUCUGAAAAUGCUCCUGUUUGAAAAUAUUGGUUUACUAUUAUUUUUAUUGUGUGUGCGUGUAGAGUGAGUUUGAAUCAUUUUAUCAUUCCAGUUUUUGACUGGGUCAAUAUUUUGGGCCAGUGGAGGUCAAUUUACAGUUGAGCUGAAAUGUAAAAAAUGUUUAAAAAGCAUUUAUAUUUUAAAUAGGAAAUUUUAAAGAAAUUCGCCAGUGAGUGGACUGUUAUGAUACACUUAACGUAUUCGAGGAAAUAUUGAAAUCAUGUAUAUAACUUGAUAAAGAAAUACACUUUGUAUUUUAUUUGUAGAAUGAAGCAGGGAAAAAAAUAUGACUCCUGAUCUGGACUACUGUUGCAAAACCAGCUGCUGUAAAAAAUAGACAUAGACUUUAUUUUGUUUAUAAUGUGUAUAAUUUAAAAGUGUACAUGUUUUUUUUCUCUAUGUUGCGUUUUCCAAGAAAGUUUUGUGGUUUGUUUUUUUGAAGCUUAAUUAAAAUGUUAUGUUCACUUUUA